AUGUCGUCCACAACCGGCUCCUACAGAUCCAGCAACAUCCACGAGCGAGCACCCUCUCGUACCGCUCUCACAAUCCCAACUAUCGCUCCUCCGAAUGGAAAUUAUUCUCAUAGCAAUACGAUUCCAUCCAACAGAUCCACAGUCUAUCUUUGUGGUUUGAUGGGGGAGUUACCUGGCGAUGGGCGGAUAAUUUCUGGGGGAGUAGCAGCGCAAACUACGCAGAUUAUGAGGAAUCUGAAAGCUGUUUUGGAGGCCAGCGGAAGCGGAUUGAAUAAGGUGGUACAGAGACGUGUAUUUUUGGUGGAUAUGGGAGACUUGAAAACAGUAGAGAGAAUAUGGGGUGAAUGGGUCAAAGAGCCAUUCCCGGUGAGCACUUGUGUGCAGAUUGUGAGGUUGGCGAAGGAAGCCGCAAAAGUGGAAAUUGAAGUUGUCGCGGAAACAAAUUGA